ACCGCUCCCCACUCCGUACCAACGCAGCCGGCAUGGCUACACGUGGACGGCAUCAUUACACGACGCGAGCUGAACCCCACGCAGUCGAGCCCAAAAGUCAAAAUUGCUUCGAAGAGACGCCAAAGUAAAAUCCCUGUUGGUUUCGCGUCGUGGCGAAUUCCGUUCACUUGGAAGUCAUGGGCACCGUGUUUUCAGACUUGAUGCGUUGUAUUCCAACAAAGCAGCUUCCGUGACGCCCCCCACCCACCCAGCCGUGUGUACACACAAAUCACGCACGCGCACACACACGCACAAGCGCGCACCAUCAAACGUCACGGCUAACUCUCCGUGCUUUUUCAAUCUUCAACGCGACCAACAUCAUCAUCAUCGUCGCAAUGUCGGGGAGUAAAGCUGCAAAGACUCAAGCGACUAAAGUCAACCUCGCUCCGACUUUCAGCAAGGUGGCGGCUGAUUCGCUGGCUGGGAUCGAGACGGAGUACAUCGGGAACCUGCAGGAGCAGGUCUACCUGCUGGAGAUGGAGACUGACUUCCUCCGUGAGCAAGCCAAGAAGGCUUCGGAGCUGCAGCCCAAGAUGACGUCCGAGGCGGAGCGAAUGCUACACAAGAUGCGGGGAAUGGAGGUGGAGGCCCAGGGGAUUCAUCUGGAGCUGCGGCGGAUGGAGGCGAGCGUCUCCUCCCUGCGCUCCGAGAACGAGCUGCUGAGCCGCCAGCUGCGAGCCGAACAAGACGCUCGAGCGGACGACAAGCGCGCACUCCUGGCCGAGCUCGUGGCCGAGCGGCAGCGGCGAGAGCUGGGGGACCGCGAGGCGACCUUCAAGGAGGCGGAGGUGUCGCGCGCCCGCCAGGAGCAGGAGGCCGCGCUGGCGUCGCUGCGCAGCGCCGAGCACAGCGUCCGCAUGCUGGAGACUCAGCUGGCUCAGCGGGGCGAGCAGCAGCGAGCCACGGAGGCCGAGCUGAGCGAGCGGCGGGCCCAGCUGCUGCGUUCACAAGCGGCGCUCGGCACCGCCCAGGAGCACUUUCUGAGCAGUAGCGCGGUGCUCCAGGAGCAGAUCGCCCGUGAAUACAGGGAGGAGGCGCGGACGCUGAGGCAGCAGCUGCGCGAGCGGGAGCUCUCCGGCGAGCAGGAGCGCCUGCUCCGAGCCAAGGCCACGGAGGAUUGCGCCGCCCUCGCGCGCGACAACGCUGCGCUGCGCGCCCAGACACUGGAGCUCAGCCGCUGCCUGGAGCUGGAGCGCUCUCUGCGGGACGAGGGCGCCAGCCGGCUGUCGUCGAGCGCCUCGCGCCUCCUCUCGCUGCAGGAGUCGGAGCGCUCUGGGCACGGCGAGAACCUCCGCUUGCGCCAGCUGCUCGAGGACGAACGCAAGAGGGCGCUCGACGCGCUCCAGCAGGUUCAUCGCCUGGAGCAGGAGCUCAGCCGCAAGGAGCUGAGCGUUGCAGCCGCACGCAGCCGAGCCACGGAGCUGGAGGCGCGCCACGCCAGCGCGCACGAAGCCAGCAUCCAGCUGCGUAACGACAAGGCGCUGCUGGUGGAGCACAUAGGCGAUCUGCAGAACAAGCUGGCGGGACGGGAGAAGGUGCUGCGCCAGGAGCGAGUGCGGUCCCUGGGCCUCGACUACGAGCUGGAGGCGACGCGCGCCAGCCUGGAUCGCUCGGGCACAGUGCGGCGUGGCCGCCUCGGUGCCAGCUCCAGCCCCACGCGGCGCAGCGUGGCGCUCUCCUCUUAGCCCCCCCCCCCCCGCCCCAACUCUGCUGGCUAGGGUUGUGGCCUUUGAAGGGGAAAAAAAAACAAGUGGUUGAUUUCCAGCUCGAAUGAGCUCUUUGCCCGUGGUGCUUUAUCUCUUGUUUACUACCCUCAGCCGGUGGUGGCAAAUUCUGUGUUACCAUGGCGAAGGUUACCCGUUUAACGUGGAACGUUGGUCCAAUAGUUCCAACCGGAUGCUAAUGUUGGCUAAACGUUGCAUGUUUACUUGGGGUAGUCUUUCCGGAGGACAACCAUUGUUGACUUCCCCACAAAAGUGGUACUAAUUUUAUUGGCCCCCAGAGGAAUGAUGGUCCGUCAUACUGCUACAGAAGCCAUUUUGUCACCAGCCUCUACGGGGUGGGGAACUUUUUCCUGGUGGGCAAACGGCCAUAAACACACACCUCUGCCACCCCCAACUAGGAUUUGAACUGGAAUUGUGAGACGUUAGCUCCCCCGCUUGAGCAAACAGGCUGGAUAAAAUAUAUUAUUGGAAAACGAGCAUCUAACAUUCGUCGUUCAUUGAUUUUUGGGUCCAAUCACGUGAGUCAAAUGUUGUGUCGUUACACCCUGAUCCACCCAAACACAGCCAUGUAAAUACAUUUGUUGCGUGAACAAACGUGCGUUGGCGGGCGAUCCACAGCACCGAAACAUUGGGCAGUAUGACGUUUCUACCGGCAGUUACAACCACCAUCAUCGUACGGUUUGAAAAUGUCCUCCAGUCUCGGGUCUUAUAAUUAUCAAUUGUAAAUCGUAAUAUUGCUUCACGAAAGCCGACAUUCACUGUAACGUCGUUUAUCAAACGCCGUUGUUUAUAAAACGUCGUUGUUUAUAAAAGCGUCGAGGGCCUCAUUAAAAUGUCCCCCAUUUUCCCAUGGCACUCUGUGUAAAAAAAGUGCUUUCAAAAAAAGAUCGAUUUCAUUGUUUCACGUACGUAUUUUUAGGGUUUUGCUGUGGUUUUAAUUACAAAGAGUAUUUUUUUCCCGAAAUAAAGACUGCAAAUGAGUUAAGGUUGCUUUUGUAAUGGAGUGGCGCAAACGAAGAACGGAAUCUUUUUUUACCCAUUCAAUGAAACAAUAAAACAAUACGGCCAGUGUAA